UUCCAUGUGCCGCGCCUACCUUCACUUUUUUUCUACCUCCACGACCACCACCACCACCACUAACUCACUACUCACUACGCACUACUACCAGUCUACCACCACCUUACCGCGACCUGGGUUCCUUUUCGAUUAUUUUUUCCCUCUCCUCCUUCAGCCUGCACUUCCAUCCAUCACCCGGGGAGGUGUAUUGGUUCUUUUCGUUUGGACUGCUUUCUUCAUUUCGCCUUGCGCCGCCCCUCCUGCAAAGAACUUCUUCAACCGCCACGAAUCUAAUGAGCAGGCAAGAACAAUGAUAUGGAACAAACGACACUUGUGAAUAGGCGUCGGACUUGACUCGACCUUUGGCCUCCUUCUUCCCCCGACUUCUCGCGCCAUCCACCUUCUCCGCCUGGGCUCUCUCGUGUGUUUCUGGUCUCCGGCUGAGCCUGCCCAAAGUACGAAGUACCUUACCUCACUUCAAGUGGACUCGACUCACUCACUCGACGACUCACUAUUCCGGAAGUGACUCCUCUGAUAUCACCCUCUCAUCACCCCCCGGACCAACUCACCUCAAACGCCAUAUAGCCUUGCGCCUUCUUCUCCUCGCCUAUUUCUCACCAUCUGCAUCGUCGCUACCUUCCAUCUAUGCCCUUGAGCGACACUCGUUAUUUGGAGCAUUACUGCUGCUGCCACUUCUUUCACAUAAUUCCUGGAUUUGAGGUCGACUUAUCUACAAUACCACUGUUCAUUGUCACGUCAAUAUCAAACAACGACUCCACAUCUCGCUCUCGUUUGUGAUGAUCGCAACCACCCCUCUCAGACUGCUCUACUGAAGCCCGCCCUCCGUGUGCAAGCUACAGCACCUUCCUCACGACAGCAACGACAACAAUAACAGACUCGACGCCGGGCAGUAUCGAGAGACGCAGCCAUGGCAUCGCCAAACGGGCCAAAUGGCCGAGCAAAUUACAUCAACACCCAGCCUCAAACGCAGUCGUGGAAUGCGCAAGCAUUACUGAACCCUCGAUCCUACGCCGUUUCAAACGCUGCUUCGAGGCGCAAUUCACCCAAACCUCAGCACUUGUCGAACCGAUCUACUCCGGGAAAUCAAAAUACCACAAACAACCCUGUUGUCUUCCAGUUCGCGAGUCCCAACGACACGACAAGCGAGUCUCUGACACCUAGCAUCACCUCGGGCGCUUCAACUCCCGUUCACGACGGUGGCAUUUCUCCAUACGGAAUGGCCAACAUGAUCGAGAGAAUGAACGACGUCCAAGAUCGCGCUGCGGCGCCCCUGCCUAAGCGACGAAAGGUUGAUACCCCCGACCCAGAGUCCGACGCCGACAACAAGAAGAAGAUGGGACCUGCCGGUAGCGGAAUGCUCGGCGCAUAUGUGAAGGAAAAGCAAGACGAAGGCAAGAAGGAGAAUUCCAAGGUUUCUACCCAGACUGUGGACUUAACUGAGGAGGGUGAUGAUGUGGUCAUGGUGGAGGACCCCGCAACCGAGGAGGUCUGCUACGGCAUGCUCACUGGCUUCCUCGACUGCCACAAGGUACCUUCCGCCAAACCGGGCACGCAGAGCAUCUUUGGAGCCGACUUCAUGCCACCAGUCAAGAUUGUUUUGAAGCGAAUCAUCGGGGAUUCGACCAAGAAGAUCCAGGCCUACGACUACACCCGCGACAUCAUCGGAAAUGUGGAUGCCAAUACCGCCAAUGCUCUCGUUCCCCUGUUGGACUCCAACGUGCGCCUUCGAACGGACUGCAAGAUUCCUGCGCGUAGAAAGCAAGCGGAUGAGCACCCGGGCCAGGCGAUCUCGAGAUCCUACCCCGUGGAAAUGACACUGUACGGCCAGUACAGAUUCGUCAAGGCUGUCGGCAAGCACUUUGAGAGAUUCAAGAUUGUUCUGCGACAUCCCAAUAGAGUUGACAAAGGUGUCAGAUAUGAGAAUGUUCAUACCGAUAACAAGCCUAACCCAGCGCCUGGUGCCAGAAACCUGGCCGGAGCUCUCGCUCAGUACAACAAUCAUUCCUCGUCUACCUACUACACCAACCCCACUCCACGCACUGUCGAAGAGAUCAGAUCGGACGUGAUGGGCGUCUUCGACUCGAUGGGAAAGACCGAUGAGCUUCCUGAAAUGGACCCAGCUCCUAUCAUCACCACCGAGUUACUGAAGCAUCAGAAGCAAGGCCUCUACUUCAUGACUGCGAGAGAAAAGGAGUCCACGGCCGAGGAACGAGUGAAGGGAUCCAUGUGGCAGCUCAAAAUCGGGCCCACUGGACAGAAGUUCUACUACAAUGUCAUCACCGGCCACCAAGAGCGCACUCUUCCCGCAGACACCCACGGCGGAUUGCUAGCCGACAUGAUGGGCUUGGGAAAGACCCUCAGCAUCCUCUCGCUCAUUGGCAGCUCGUUGGAUCAGGCCAAGGAAUGGGCAGGUCGCACACCAGUCCAGCCCGAGAUGCCACCCCAGAAAGCUGGAGGAAAGGCAACAGCUUCGAGCUCUCUUCCUCUGACGGGCAUCGCAAUGAACGCCAAGGCUACAUUGCUCGUGUGUCCCCUGAGCACGGUCACGAACUGGGAAGAGCAGAUCAAGCAGCACAUUGCGCCGGGAGAGUUAAGCUACUAUAUCUAUCAUGGUUCGAAUAGAAUCAAGGAUGUCGAGAAAUUGGCCGAGUUUGACUUGGUCAUCACCACUUACGGCUCUGUCUCUAGUGAGCUAGGCGCUCGCUCCAAGCGAAAGUCUGGCAAGUAUCCCCUUGAGGAGAUUGGUUGGUUCCGAAUCGUGCUGGAUGAGGCGCACAUGAUUCGCGAAGUCGCGACCCUGCAGUUCAAGGCCAUUGUUCGUCUUCAGGCCGCCCGUCGUUGGGCUGUGACUGGCACGCCCGUCCAGAAUCGACUCGAGGACUUGGCCGCUCUCCUUCAGUUUGUCCGGCUGAAGCCAUUCGAUGACCGCAACAAGUUCAACCGGUUCAUCGUGGACCCCUUCAAGGCCUGUGACACGGAGAUUGUUCCGAAACUCCGCGUGCUUGUCGACAGUGUCACACUCCGCCGGUUGAAGGACAAGAUCAAUCUCCCGCCCCGAAGCGACCACAUUGUCAAGCUCGACUUCACAGAAGAGGAGCGCGAGGUUUACAAUCUCUUCGAGAAGAAUGCUCAAGAUCGCGUCAAGGUGCUUUCUGGCAACGGCGUACAGAAGGCGUUGGGUGGUCACACCUACAUCCACAUUCUUCGAUCCAUUCUCCGGCUUCGACUCCUUUGUGCCCACGGCAAGGAUCUCUUGAAUCAGGAAGAUUUAGAGGCUUUGCAGGGUAUGACUGCUGACAUGGCUAUUGACCUUGACAGCGACGAUGAGGACAAGAAGCCCGGCCUUUCUGAUCGUAAAGCAUACGAGAUGUUUGAGCUCAUGCAGGAGACGAACACGGAUGCUUGCAGCGCCUGUUCGAAGAAGAUAGGAACCAACGACGACGCUAGCAUCGAGUCCGAGGGACAGGAGGACAUUCUCGGUUACAUGACGCCUUGCUUCCACAUCAUCUGCGGUUCCUGCAUUAAGGGUGUUAAGGAACAGGCUAGACGACUGCUCCCUCCCGGCCAGGCUAUGGGACCUUGCCCCAUCUGUUCCACCGUGAUCAAGCCUGCCUACGUGGACAUUCGUCGAUCUCGAGUCAAGGUGGAGCACGAGGGUCCUGCGAAGGAGAAGACUGCAACGAACGGCCGCAAGAGCUUUGGAAAAUACACCGGCCCGCACACAAAGACGAGGGCGCUGGUCGAGGAUCUGCUCAAGUCAAAGGCUGACACCGAUGCGAACCCCAAUGAGCCGCCGUACAAGUCGGUAGUGUUCUCCACGUGGACCUCUCACCUUGACUUGAUUCAAAUGGCUCUUGACAAUGUCGGUGUGAAGUACGUCAGGCUGGAUGGCAGUAUGACGCGUAUUGCUCGAACUCAGGCAAUGGAUAGUUUCCGGGAAGACCACUCAGUCCACGUUAUCCUGGUGUCGAUCACUGCUGGUGGCCUCGGCCUGAACCUGACAGCGGGUAGCAACGUCUACGUUAUGGAGCCUCAGUACAACCCUGCUGCCGAGGCUCAGGCCAUUGACCGUGUUCACCGUCUCGGUCAGAAGCGACCGGUUCGAACAGUUUGCUACAUCAUGAGAAACAGUUUCGAGGAGAAGAUGCUCGAACUGCAGGAGAAGAAGAACAAGCUGGCGAGUCUCAGCAUGGACAGAAAGGAGCGGGUCUUUGACAAAAGCGAAGCGGCCCGGCAGAGACUGCUGGAUCUGCGAAGUCUCUUCAAAUAAGCCUCGAUCAGAUCGGCGGUGUGGAAUUUUCGGCUUGCGCAAGCAUAUUAUCGUGGCGUUUGGGAGUAUAGGGAGGUAGGAAUCCAGCAAUGGAGUGGGGCGAAGCCAAGGCUUCAACGGUUUUCUUUUUCUUUCUUUUCAACGGCCGCCUACGAAUGAGUUCACGACAAUUCUUAUUCGGUGGCUGCGAUUUCGGUGUCAGGACGGGGGAGGCCAUCUCACCUUUCACGCGUUCAACUGUGUGACAAUGCGAUCGAUACCACUGCUUCAAGGUCUUCUAUUCGAUGAUGAGAGCAACGGGGA